ACAAAGAGGAAAAGAGGCGAUCCGGUGGGCUGCAAGCGCUCGGGUUUGAGAGGCAAAGGUACCAGGCAAUUCAAGGGUCGUCUUGGUGGCAUUUUAAAGAGCGUAAAGAUCAAGGUCAAGGUAACAUCUUGUUUGAAGAUGUCCGUGACGCUGAAGAUGCUUUGCACAAUCUAGACCGAAAAUGGGUGUGUGGACGACAAAUCGAGAUCCAGUUUGCGCAGGGAGAUCGAAAGACUCCUGGUCAGAUGAAAUCUAAAGAGAGACACUCCCCACGUUCCUCUCGAUAUGACGACAGCGAUCGAGACGGUAGACGCAGACGCUCGCGCAGCCGCAGCAACAAUAGACGCAGAUCCAGCAGCCCGUCCUACGAGAGGCGCUACAGGAGAUCCGAGAGUCCCAAAGAGUCUAGAGGAAGACGCAGACGCAGCCGCAGCCGAGAGUUUGACAGGCGCAGACCGGCUGCCCGUGACCAGCAGAGUUCUCGUGGAAACGGCCGCUCUCGCAGUAAGAGCACCUCCCAUUCUAAAAGCAGAGGCGCCCGCUCCAGGUCAAGAUCCCUCAGCCCACGGGAUCAGAAUGAUUUCCACACAGAGAGGCAAGACGGCCCGAACAAAACACGCGAAUGUUCCCCAUCACGCUCUCGCUCCAAGUCAGGCUCACGAUCCAGGUCUCGCUCGCGAUCUUGGGCAGGCCGCAAGUCCUGAUCUUAACACAGUGCUGUUGUUAUCAUAAUAGAUUUGUGUUGAUUUUUUUUAUUUGAUUGUUUUGUUAGGGUGCAGUUUAAAGGGAGUUGAAAGUUGUAGGCCUGUAUGUCUAAAUAAUGGCUCUUUUUUUUUAAGAUGAACUCAUUUGUAAUAAUUCAAAAAACAUUGGAUGGUUUAGUAAAAAGGUGGUAGUUGAAUUAAGAUUACAAAUGCAGCAGCAUUGGCACAAUAAGAAGUUUAAACUGCUUUAAAUAUUUUUCUAUGAUAUUUUACUGUUGGUGGGCCAGGAAUUGAUCGUCCAUGUCUUCCAAGAGUGUUUUGAAUGUGGUUUUAUUGUGGCGUCUGCAGGCCUUUUACAUGUGACCACAAAACGAAAUAAAUUUCACUUUUUUCCCAGUA